UUUUUCUUCCACUCUGAUCCUUCCGAUAGCAGUCUUUUAUUUUCUUCCGUGUUAUUUGCUUCAAGUUGAUCAUUCAGCAAGUUUCUCUCUUUAAUUAACGAGUUUAUAUUCUGGUCCUUCCAAUAAAAAAUCCAAUUUCCUUUUUCCUCUUGGAAUAAGUUUAGAUUCAUCUCUGGAAUACUUGAAGAUUGAUUUUGAUUCCUCAAAUCAGAAGUAUUAUUGCACAUAUUUGUUCUUUUUAUCUGCUAUACCAGAGGAUAUGUUUAGAAAUUUAUGUGAAAUAAUACAUCCAAGUUCAGUUAAACUUAUUAAGGAAAUUGAUAUUUUAUUUUUACCUUAUGAAGCUCAGGUAUAUUCAUUUGAUGAUGAUGAUUUCUUUGCAACAUAUUUCAAUAGUUACAGUAAUUUGAGUUUAAAUUCUUGUGGUGUAGUGGCUAAGAAACUAAUGACACUAUUGUCUACACUUGAAGAGUUUCCAUUACUGCGGUACCGAAGACGUUUUAUAAAAAAUCUUGUACUUGCUGAAGCUGUGGAGCAGGAGUUGAAUCUAUAUAAGGAAUCUUUCAAGUCUGAUACAAAUCCGAAGGCAAAAAUGAAAAGGAGAUGCCAGCUCUUGAUACUUGAUCGUGGAUUUGAUUGUAUAUCACCUGUAGUACAUGAAUUCACAUUUCAAGCUAUGGCAUAUGAUAUAUUGGACAUAAAGGAUAAUAUUUAUGAAUAUACUAUUGGACAAGAUGAUGAAGAAAAUGUAUUUCUACCACUCAGUGAUGAUGAUGCUCUUUGGUGUAGUUUGAAACAUGAACAUGUGGCUGGCGUUGCAAAGAGGAUUGAAAGCAUGAUGGAUGCAAUAACUAUUAUAGAAAAUAAUACAAAUGUAAAUCUGGUCCAAAAGCUCCCUUCUUUGGGAGCUGCUGUGAGGAAGCAUUUGCUGCGGAGAAAACAUGAAGCAUUUUAUGGUUACAGACAUAUGGCAAAUGAAUGUAUGAAGUCAUACUGUGGUGGAAUUAAUGUUUUAUCUGAACUUGAGAUAGACCUAGUUUUGGGUAAAUCAGCUGAUGGAAUGCCCGUUAAGAAUGUUCUGACUUCUCUCUUAAAUGUUCUUUCUUCUAAUUCAUAUAAUGAUAUACAGAAACUGAGACUAUUUUUGCUUUACAUAUUCUUUAACAAAGGAAUCACUAAAUCACAUUUUGAUGAGAUAGUGAAUAAAGCUAAUUUGCCUUUCUCUGAUGCAUAUUCAAUCACUAAUGUGCUACAUUUUGAUGUUGAUGUUUUUAGACCAGGGUUUUGUGAAUACAUGGAUGAUGUACCCAUUGUAAAAUCAAGUGACUCAGUAAUCAAUUUCAGACAGUCUCGAUGGACACCUGUUCUUAAAAAUAUCAUACUUCGCUGUAUAGAUGGUACAUUAAAUGAGGAAUUAUACCCAUUUGUUGGCAUUUAUGAACGUGAAACUUCGGUGUCAAGUAGAAGAUCUCGUUACUGGUGUGCAGACAAAAAAUAUGGACACAUGUCGCGUUUAAUUGUGUUUAUUGCUGGUGGAGUGACGUAUUCUGAAAUGAGAUGUGCUUAUGAAAUAAUGGCAGAACAUACAGGUUGGGAAAUUAUUGUAGGUAUGUAUUUUUAAUAAGUAUUUUACAUU